AUGAGCAAUUCGACAGAGAGUCAAUUUCGACAUGGCUGGGCUCAGUCGAGCGACCAAAGAGGUACUAUGGACGUUCUUUGGUCUUGUGGCAUGACGAUACUUCUUUGUUGCUGGAUAUCUGUCUAUCCCAACGUUGGCUCACCGAGCGACAAAUUAUAUCAUAACAUAUGCGAUAGAUUCAACAUGUUUUGUAUCGCUCUCCUCGGUCCCGAUUUUAUACUUGGAAUUGCACUUGGCCAGUGGUCCCAUGCAAAAGAAAGUGUCAAGGUAUGUGAAGUGGCAGCGCUCCGAGAGAGUCUAAGCUGUUUUCUAUCAAUAUCUUCCGCUCACACAAGUGCUCAAAUCAGCAAUUCGAAUAUGACCCACCGUUCGACAGCAACUUCAAAUGGACACAGAUGCAUGCUUUCUUCGUCAAUGCUGGAGGUAUACAUUUGA